AUGAAGUACUCUCUCGCAGCACUUACCGUGGCGGCAUCAGUUGUCUCUGCCUACAACCUCCCAGACAACCUUUCUCAGAUCUACAACAAGCACAAGACCGGAGCAUGCAGCAACAAGCUCGCCAGCGGCUUCACCGACGGCAGCGGCCCUAAAACAUUCGAGUACUGCGGCGACGUUAAGGGAGCCAUCUUCAUCCACAGCAGUGGAAAUGGCGGACAGUACGCCAACAUGGACAUCGACUGCGACGGAGCCAACAGGACCGGUGGCAAGUGCGCCAACGAUCCUACCGGACAAGGCACGACGGCGUUCCAAAGCGAGGUUCAGGCGUUGAAGGCUGGCAUCAAAGACCUGGACUCUAACCUCCACCCAUAUGUCGUUUUUGGCAACGAGGGAAAAAGCCCCUCGUUCGACCCGCGAAAGCAUGGCAUGGAGCCUCUUAGUGUCAUGGCUGUUGUGUGCAACAACCAAGUCUUCUAUGGCGUCUGGGGCGAUACCAACGGCGAGACCUCCGUUGGAGAGGCCUCCAUUUCUCUGGCUGAUAUGUGCUUCCCGAAUGAGCACCUCGAUGGAAACAAUGGCCAUGAUCCGAAAGACGUUCUUUACAUCGGGUUCCCUGGAAAGGCUGCCGUGCCGAGCUCCUCGACCAAGUGGAACGCUGGCAGCGCGAAGGCCUUCGAGGACAGCAUUAAGGCUGUUGGAGACAAGCUUGUCGCAGGUCUCAAGGCUUAG